AUGUCUCAAAUGCCUGCUGCUGCUGCUGAUGGUGAGGAAUUCUUUGAUCCAAUGAAUAUGGAUGAUUAUGAUGAAAUUCAUAUGGAUAAUACGGCAGGUCCUUCUCAUCAACCAAGUUAUAAUAUAAGAGAUGGAGGUGAUAAAACUGUAGAUCAAGAUUUCUUUAAUGAUUUUCCGGACGAUUUCGAUGACGAGGAUUUAAAAUGA